AUGCCAAUUGUUUGGGAGAAAUUUUCUGGUACAGAAGAAGAGGUUGAAAAAGUGAAAUAUGCUGGAAUGGAGGAGUUUAUCAUUGUGAAAAAUACGGACGUUUCGCAAGCACCUGUAUGGCCGAAAGAUCACUCGUACUUUCUUCCUGGUUUCUUCCAGGACUCCAUAGAAACCAUUUAUGAUUUCGAAGUGCGUCCUGAUGAUGUUUGGUUGCUAGCUUUUCCAAAAUCCGGAUCUACAUGGACUCAGGAAAUGAUUUGGCAGAUUUGCAAUGAUUUAGAUUAUGAACGAUCUGAAAAGAAAUAUGAAACAGAGACCUUUACCUACCUUGAAACGAACUACAUCUUAUCUAAGCAAGUGAAAUUACCCAAUAUACUGAACAUGCUGAGAGAAUCAAAAUCUCGUCGAUUUAUCAGGAGUCUAUUGCCAGCCCCUCUGCUUCCCAAGCAGCUAUGGACAGUUAAACCAAAAAUGAUCUACGUGGCUAGAAAUGUUAAAGAUGUAGCCAUCUCCUUCUACCAUUAUUAUAGAAAUGUGCACCACUUUUCUGGGAGUUGGGAAGACUUUUUCGAUAUCUUUAUGAAGGAUCGGGUUAUGUUUGCUCCAUAUCAUACCCAUGUGUCUAACUUCUGGCACAUAAGAAAUGAGGACAACAUACUUUUUCUCACAUAUGAAGAGAUGAAGAGAGAUCAUCCCAAUGUUAUUAGAAAAACUGCUCAGUUUCUGGGAAAAUCUUUGAAAAAAGAAGAAGUUCUUGAGCUUGCAGACUACUUGUCUUUUUCAAGAUUUUCUAAAAAUUCUAGGAUAAAUUUUGAGAAGCACGUUGAUAAAUUUCAAAGGGACCUUCAAACAACACUACCUGAUGCUGACUUUCAUUUUGUGAGGAAGGGAGUGAUAGGAUCUUACAAGGAAGAAAUGCCAAAAGAAGUGAUUGAGCAGUUUGAUAAGUGGACUCUAACAGAAAUAGAAAAAAAUAAUAUGGACCCAGAUAUUCAUCGUGUUUUCUGUGACAUCUAACUCUAAGAAUAUUUUGAAAAGAGUGUUUUCAUUCAGAGAUCGUCAUAAACAUUAAAUAAGACAGCGGUGGACGAAAAUAAAAUAAAGUUCUUUGAUGUU